AUGGAAACAUAUUACGGAUACGUUAAAUCACCACAAGAUGCUAUCUUACUUUUUGAGGCUUGUCGUAUGGGAUUUCUAUCUCGCAUUCAACGACGACUUAGCGAAAAAGAGAGGUCAUCGAUUCGUUCGGGUUCGGUCUUUGUUUGGGAUGAACGUGAAGCCGGCAUGAGACGUUGGACUGAUGGUAAAAGCUGGUCUGCUAGUCGUGUUAGUGGAAGCUUCUUGACUUAUCGGGAAUUGGAAUCAAAGCGUAAAUCAAAUUCUCGUGGAAGUAAUAAUCCCCAUGAUUUAUCAAGUGAAGAUACAGACUCAAGUGAAUCUUAUCAUUCCUCUACCAAAAAAUCGAUGUCUUCGGCUAAUGAGCAAUGCAGAUAUAAACACGGUGGUCUCGUGAAACAGUCCUUCAGCAUAACCACCACAGCACAUCAAAAAUUACACUUGAUAUGCUAUUACACAAAAGCAGAUGUUAUCAAUGAAAAGUUACAGGUCCCCAGCCAUGACGAUAAGCUUAAAGGAAUCAUCAUUCCAAAGGGAAUGUAUCCUGAAACAUCAAACGUUGACGAAAGAUCAAUUUCACCGAAUCCAUACCCUUGGAAUUUGCAACAAUCACACGCUUCUCAUCAUCAUCGUUUGUCUGCCGAACCAAUGCAAUUCGAUACACAUUCUGCAUGCUCCACGCCAUCAAUUUCUUCUUCACCUUCAACAACCGAAGAUGAUUAUCCCAAUUUCUUUGGUGGUCGUCAUAAUUAUUUACAUCCUAAUUCAAGUACUGCAUCGUUACCGAUCUACCCUCCGGCAAAUUUCAUUCAACCAUCCGAGAAUAAUGGUUUUGGUAAUGGUUCACAACCAAUUAAUAUCCCAAAUGCCUCAUCGAGGUUCACCUUUCCAAAUACUCAACAAUUACCUUUCCCAGCUUCAUACCCUCCCCAAACAACUUCACCAUCCGUUUCAAAUGUUCACCAAUUACCUCCUCAAGAUAUUCCAUGGGAAAAGAUCAGAAGCACCGAAGAUCAACGACAGUUAGAAGCAAUUUAUACAACCUUGAAACUUUAA